AUGGCUGAAAGCGAAGAAUUCCCAGUGGAGGUUGAGAUUUUCGAGGACGUCCGUGAUUCUCAGUUUAUUCGACCUAUGAGAAUGAAAUUCAAAAGGGGUGGCAAGCUUAUCAAAUGGGAUCUUGUUUUACGUCACGACAGUGUUGCCUGUUUGUUAUAUCAUAAACAGAAGCACUCUCUACUGUUUGUAAAACAGUUCCGACCAGCUGUUUAUAUAUCAAGAGUACGUAGACUGGAUGAGAAUGUUAAUAAAAAGUGGAAUGAAAUAAAUUGGUCAAAAUAUCCAAUAAGUAUGGGUGAAACGGUGGAACUUUGUGCCGGUCUUAUUGACAAACCGAAUAUUAGUUGGAGAAAACAUAUUCAAGAAGAAAUUAAUGAAGAGUGUGGUUAUAAGGUCAACGAAAAUGACAUUAAGAGCAUAAAAACGUUUGUAACAGGUGUGGGUUCAUCGGGUGCCCAACAAGAAUUGUUUUACGCUGAGAUUGACGAAACGAUGAAAGUUAGUGAAGGAGGUGGUGUAGAUUCUGAGAAAAUCGAAAAGAUUUUCAUGACGAUACCCGAAGCGCAGAAGUAUUGUGAGCAAAAAGAAGUAGCAAGUUCUCCCGGAAUGCUUUAUGGUCUAAUGUGGUUUUUCAAAAACCGGUGUAAAUAA